AUGGAGAAACACAUCGACGAAAAGGUGUACGCGCCAGCCACAAGUACCCUGAUCAAGCCACAGGCUCGCGAGCCUUAUGAUACAGAUGUCUCUUUCGAGGAGUACACCUACUACGCGCAGAAGACGAGAGCCGAGCAGGACCUUCUGGAUCCGCCUGUGCUGAAUGUACGACAGUGGUUUGGGAAGUCGAGCGAAAGCAAUGCGUCGAAUCAGGAUGUUGCUACUACUCUGACGGAGGAGGAUUUCACAAAUCGGGCGAGGAGACUCGAGAUCACGGAUGAGGAGUGGACGAAUGCUAGUCGGGCGUUCCGGUCGGCCUCAUGGGGCGCUUGCUUCUACUUGAUUACAACGGAUAUUUUGGGGCCUUAUGGAUCUGGCUUUGCGAUGGGAACGCUGGGAUGGGGACCUGGCGUUGCGUUCUACACCGUAUUCGGCGCGAUGGUCGGAUAUUCCGGAUAUCUCAUCUGGCGCGUUUACCUCGGCGUCGACAGCUACGAGUUCCCCGUGAAAAACUAUGGUGAUCUUGGGUUCAGAACGUUCGGUAACGGCGGUCGGCAUGUCACAAAUAUUCUCCAAGGCCUCGGAUUACUACUCAUCACGGGUCAAGUCACAAUCCAAUAUGGUGAAAACAUCUCCCAGGUCUCAAAAUUCAAGCUCUGCUACGCUGUUUGUCCUGUCCUGUUCGCCGUUGCCGGGUUCUUUAUCACACAAAUCCGGACUCUGAAGGCAUACGGGUGGAUCGCCAAUCUGGCUGUGUGGUUAAAUAUUUUCGUUAUUUUCAUGACCAUGGGUGUUAUGGCCAAUUCACCUCCGAAUUACCAGAUCUCUACGCUCGGGUCCGCGGGUAGUGAUACCAAUGCCGCGACCAUCACACCCGUGAAUGGCGUCUAUCCGGCUAUUAUUCAUUACAACAAUAUUCCUCCUGGAAUUGGCCUGGUCGGCUCAGUGAACGGUAUGCUUUCUGGUGUGCUGGCCUAUGCCGGCGCACAAUUGUUUGUCGAGUUUAUGGCGGAGAUGAGAAGACCCCAAGAUUUUAUCAAGGCUAUGUGGAGUGCUCAGUUCUUCAUUUAUAGUGUCUAUCUCACUUACGGGUGUGUAGUCUACUACUUGCAGGGACAAUACAGCUUCAAUCCUAGCUAUCAGGGUGUCAGUAUUUAUGGGUGGCAGACACUCGGAAAUAUGGUGACGCUGAUUGCCGCAUUGAUUGCGGGUGGACUUUAUGGCAAUAUCGGCAUCAAGGUCGUUUACAACAAUAUUCUUGUCGACAUUUUCAAGGUCCCACCCAUGGAAAGCCGACGUGGUAAGAUUAUCUACGCGGCCCUGGUUCCAUUGUGGUGGAUUAUCGCCUUUAUCAUUGGCGCUGCUGUUCCCGAUUACUUUGGAUUUGUCAGUGUCAUAUCUGCCUCUAUGCUUCUCAACUUGAGCUAUACCCUACCUCCGUUGUUUGCGCUGGGCUUCGAUAUCCAGAAGAAUGCUGGUCUGGUGGAAGGAGAAGCGUUUGACCCAGUCACUGGACAAGUCACGAGAUCUGGAACAGCUACUCAACGGUGGAUUCGUGGCUUCUUUGCUGGUGGUUGGUUUCAGGUCUCCAUCAAUAUCUGGCAUGUGAUUUAUUUCUUGGCUUCCUUGGCCAUGUGUGGCCUAGGCAUGUGGGCAGCUGUCAUUGGAAUGAUCGAUGCCUUCGAAAAUCCGCAGCUGAACUCGUUCUCAUGUGUUUCACCACUCAACCUCAAUGCAUGA